AUGACAACUCCAAUCCCACCAUCGGAAAACCCAACGAUGCCACCGCGAAACCUCCUCCCGACAAUAUUCUCCUCCCUCUCCCGCACUCCCUCCUCCACCUCCCCAACGCGCUGGACGCUCCUCCGCACCCUCAAAAGCGAAAACACAAACGACAUGCAGGGCGAUCUCCACGGCACUGCAACAUUCACUCCUCUACGCUCUCAUAGACUCGACCAAACCACCCAAAUCAACACCCACGAGACCGAAACAGAGGGCAGUGGCAAUGGCAAUGGAUACACGGACCUCCUCUACAGCGAAGAAGGCUCCCUCCCACAAUCCUUCGGGCCGGGACUCCGCUGGACAAAGAAAUACAUCUGGAGACUCAGCGCAAAUGGUCGGAUAAGCGUAUGGUUCGUGAAAAUAGAUAAAAAUCAGAAAUCAUCGGCGGAUGGACAGGUGCCCGACGAGGAGGAAGCGGAUUAUCUCUUCCACGAGUUUGACUUUGUGUCUUCUUCUUCUUCUGAUUCAACUGCGACCUCGGAGGUUAAGUCUGAAUCUGGCGAGGAGUUUGUGACCCCGCCUGUGCCACCUGAGGUUGGGUCGGACUCGGGACUGCAGACGAAGAUUGUUGCGGCGCGCGGGAAUCAUCUCUGUAUCAAGGAUAUGUAUCGCACGGCGUAUGCGUUUCGGGUCGCUGAGGGGAGCGGUGAGGUGCUUAGUUGGGCGAGUCGGCAUGUGGUAAAAGGGCCGAAGAAGGGCCAGGAUAUAGUUAAUCUGUAUUCGAGGGCUAUGUAG